UUCGCUGCGUAAAGUCUCCUCCCCGCGACCGCUACAUUCUGCGCCGAAACCCAGUCUCUCCCGGUCCGUAUAUUAACUUCUUCCCACGGACCUAGUGGUACCUCGUUGGGUACCGGGAGACAGUUUGGAUUACUGGCAAUACGGAUUGAGUGCGAUUUUACGCGGAUGACGACUUCUUCAACGAGAAUUUAGUAAAAGAAAAUUGGUCGGAAAUUUCAGAAUAUGUGGAGGGGAGCCUAAUUUCAGCAUCCUGGAAGUAGAAAGCACAGAAGAUCUGUGUCUCACACCACAGACAGCUGCUGUGUGUAGCCGGGGCAGCACAGAGGAAGGAAGCUCUGGGGAGGAGGCGGCGCGGCAGCCUGCCCCUCCGGCUGUGGAUGUGCUGGGUGGCAACCCCCAGGCUGCACAGAAUGUGGCAGGGGAGUCACCUCAGCAUGCCCCGCAGCCGGCCGCAGCUGCCCCCCGCCCAGUCCCUCCGUUCACCAACCCGUCCAUUGUGCCACUGCCGGAGAGCAACGACUCGGCACUCCUCGGCAUGGAGAGCACACCGCCUCCAACCACCUUGCCUGAGACUCUCCCAAUCAUCAGCGUCUCGAAAGAAGCCCCCGCUGCAGGUGUUGCAGUUUCCAGACCUUUGCCGACAUCCCUCGAUGAGGACUGUAGCUCCUCUGCCGAGAUGCAAAGGCUUCAAGCUCCCCUUUGUCCACCUCUCACCCCGGAUACACAGAUUGACAGCACAGUGCAAUACGGGUCACAAACUGAUAAAGAGAAAAUCCUCUCAAAUAGUCAAACAAACCAGACUCAGCCACCCAGAGAAGCCGCUGGACUUGUGGUCAUUACAGGGACAAAGUCGGUCACGUUGGAAUAUAAACCAGAGACUGGAACGAACGUGGAGCUCGGUGGAAAAGAGCACACAGGCGGAAAUAUUCUCUUUCAACCCCAAUCUCAAAUCUACUUCAGAGCCUCAUCUCCAUCUGUCCCCCAGUCAGGUGUCAGUUUUAAAGUCCAAGACACAGAAGAGCACGCGGCUGUGGAGCGGUUACCUCCGUCGGGUGUUGCGGAGCAGGACUCAAAAUCACCGCCGCUCCCUUUGCCGUCGUCGACUGACAACAACAGUGAGAUUAAACAAACUGACAUGUCAAAAACACAACCUCAAACCUUCAAAGAACUCUCAAAUGAUACCAGAGAAAUACAGAAUGCUAACUCUUUGGAAUCAGUUGAGAUGCUUGUUGACACUUCCUACAGAGAAACACAGCCUCCAGCAGCUGAAACACUCGAGAACCCAAAGGCGAGUGAAUCAAUUUCCGCGUCACUCGUUUCUUCUGGAAAAGACGACUCCUUGUCGAGCAGCGGCGAAGGAGAACGACAAACUGACGCCUCCUCCUCGUCUGACGUCACAACGCUGCCCGAGUGCUCUUCCACACAGGAGAGUUCGCCAGAACCCCCUGCUGCGACCGCUCUGUAUGACACGGGCGUAGUCGUCUCGCUGCAGGAGGAGCAGGAAGCGGAAACAACACAACAUCCCUCCGACGACGACGUCCCCGCGACAGAGACGCAGCUGACCGCUCGAGAAAUAGUGGUGGUCAGAGAGGAGGCUCACAUCAGCGGGGACUGGUCGAACGUGCACCUGAACCAGAGUUACCUCGUACAGCAUGAAGACGGCAGCAUCUCCGAAGCUGCUAUCGUUAACGAGCUGAGCUCCACCGGGGAACCAAAGCUGUACGAGGAGAGCGUUCAGGCGGACAUGGAGCUACACUCGCAACCCGUGGAGGUGUAUGAAUUCUGCAGCCUGGUCGAGGAGGUCGCCGAGGAGACCAUCUGUGUGAGUAGCAGCGUACAGAUACCUCACUCUCCAGGAUACGAGGUGAACUUAUUCAACGCGUUAUUAGAGCACUCCGACGAGAACAUCGAGUCGUCCGUUCAAACAAUUAACGCAAGUGACACUAUCGUGAUUUCCCAGCAGCCCUUGCCUUUAUCACUAGAAGUCAAUUUAACACAGGCUUGCUCUAGCACCAGCAGUUCUCAUAAUUUGUCCGUAGUGAACACGACAGUGCAGCACUUGGUAUUAGAAGCUAACCCGGCUGGUGAAGAGGAUAACUCGAGUCAGGUUUGUUUCAUUGAAGUAGCUACUGUCGCACCUGAACAGGUCGACGCAGCGGAGCGAACGCAGGUGAGUGUCUCUCCUGUCUCCUCCAAAAAACAGGAAGCGGAAGCAACAGCUGGUGGAUUAUCUCUCGUAUCCCCCGUGGUUACUAGCGAGGACAUCUCGGAGCACGUUUCUCUUGUGGAAAGUCCGACCCCGGGAGAAGCUGUUGUGAACACGACGGAGGCUCCAUCGCAAAAUGUGCCCACAGAAACCAAACCGGAGGUCUCCCGCACCCCUCACCUCUCUGGUGUUGUUAAUCCAAAGCUGCUCAUUCUUAAGCCGGGAGCAAGUCCUCUCCUGAAGCACCCACCCACCCUUUUGGCACAUGUGUCCAAGCAACAGAGCGCCGCCGGCAAGCUGGCCAAUGCCCACAGCUCCUGCUCUGGCACAGCGUCUGAGGAGUGCCUUCCUCGAACUGUCCCAGCAGCAGCAGCAGCAGCAGCAGACUUUUUAUGUGCGUCUGUGGCUCCUGGCAGUGACAAAAAUCAGACGCAGUGCUCCGUCAAUAAUACUCCGGCGGCAGCGACGGCACUGCCUGCGAAGGUGCAGCAGCCCGCAACGAGCGGCAACAACGGCGUUCACCUUCAGCAGACGACGUCGGUCAAAACCACACCUUCAACGAGCAAACCUGACAAAGAGGCCUUAACUGUUUCUGAAACUUCCACGUGUGGAGCGGGCGAUCCUGCGUCCUCACCUGCUACGCCUAACGCCCUUUACACGCUGACAGCAUCGGCGGAAAGGGAAGGGGACGUCGUGGCGUCAACGAGCCGGGAUGACCCCGUCAGCCGCCCCGACUCCCUCUACAUGGAGGAGGAGAGCGAAGACAUGGAGCAGGAGGAACACAUGGAGGCGCAGGAGGCCGCUUCAGAACAAGUUAGCAGUCCAGAGGAAGGCAGCGACGACGACGACGAAGAAGAGGAAGAAGAAGAAGAAGAAGAAGAAGCCGAUGAAGACAAAACAGAAAGUGAGAUGACGACCCCCGGCUCGCCAAACAAGCAUGGACAGAGCAGGACAGAGAGAAAGGCACUGUUCCUCAAGGUACGCCAGUGGAUAGCAGACAGAGUCACCGUGAAUUCAUCUCCCGCCUCACCAUCCACCUCCUCUCCUUACCCCGGACCUUCGCCCAGCAGCGAUUGGUCCACGCCCCGACGGGAGAAGUCCUCACCUCUGCGAGGCCCUAGCGGGAAGUUUGUUUCACCUUGUGCCGGGGGCUACAGCUCCUCCUCUUCCCCUCCCGAUCAGACCACGCCUCAGCGAUCCCGUGGACACGCAGACAUGGCCGAGCAGGCGAAACAUGAAGCUGAUAUAGAGCAUCGAACCCAGUCACUGAAGCGAGAGGGCUUCUGGUCAAUGAAGCGUCUCACUCGCCUGACCGAGCCGCCGCGACCCAAAGUUCACUGGGAGUACUUGUGUGAGGAGAUGCAGUGGCUCUCGGCUGACUUUGCUCAGGAGCGGCGGUGGAAAAGAGGGGUGGCCAGAAAGGUGGUGCGAAUGGUGAUGCGACAUCACGAGGAGCUGAGGCAAAAAGAAGAAAAGGCCAAACGGGACGAACACUCCAAAAUAAGAAGAGUCGCCUCCUCCAUUGCAAAGGAAGUCCGGGCUUUCUGGAGCAGCGUUGAGAAGGUGGUGCAGUACAAGCAGCAGUCGCGCCUGGAGGAAAAGAGGAAGAAAGCUCUGGAUCUGCAGCUGGACUUCAUCGUCGGCCAGACAGAGAAGUACUCUGACCUUCUCAGCAAGUCGCUCGCACCCACCAGACCCGCUGAAACGGUCCCGACGACUCCCCCGAAAUCAGUCGCGCCUCCGGCUGAUGAGGACGACCGAGACUUUGAGCCUCCCUGUGAGGAGGAGGAUGAUGAGGAGACCAUAGAGGUGGAGGAGCAGCAGGAGGGAAACGACGCUGAGAGCCAGCGGAGGGAGAUUGAACUGUUAAAGGAGGAGGGCCUGCUGCCCCUGGACCAAUUACUCAACACCCUUAAAAUGCCACAGGAGUCGGUCUCAGACGAGGAAUGCUCCGAUGAAACAUCGUCAUCGGUGGAGGAGGAAGAGGAAGACGGCGAGUUCAACGCCAAUGAAGAGGAUGCUGAGGACGAGGAGGACACCAUAGAUGCUCAGGAGAAGGUGGAAGGAACUGUGGAUCACGCAGAAGAGCUGGACGACCUGGCCAAAGAAGGAGACAUGAGUGUCGAGGAGCUGUUGGAGAAGUACAAAGGAGCGUACGCCUCAGACUUCGAGGUUCCCUCUGCAUCGGGUUCUAAAGCGAGCUCUGAUUCGGAGGUGUCUGGGGACGACGAGGAAGAGACAGAAGAAGACGAGAGCGACGCAGAGAGCAACUCUUCCUCCUCAGACUCUCCAGGAGACAGUGGUGAAGACGACAGCGAGAGGGAUGAAGAGGAGUGUGAGGAGGAAGAGGACGAUGAGUGUGAAGGGAUGGAGGUUCUGCUGAAGGAGGGAGACAACAGCCCGCCUUCCUCCAGCUCACGGCCAAAGAAAGAGAUCAGCCAUAUCGCCGCUACAGCCGAGAGUCUGCAGCCUAAAGGAUACACUCUGGCUACCACAAAGGUCAAGACACCCAUUCCCUUCCUGCUUCACGGCACAUUACGAGAAUACCAGCACAUCGGACUGGACUGGUUGGUCACCAUGUACGAGAAAAAGCUAAACGGCAUCCUGGCUGAUGAGAUGGGUCUGGGUAAAACCAUCCAGACCAUCGCUCUGCUCGCUCACCUUGCUUGUGAAAAAGGUAACUGGGGCCCUCACCUCAUCAUCGUCCCCACCAGCGUGAUGUUGAACUGGGAGAUGGAGCUGAAGCGUUGGUGUCCUGGGUUUAAAAUCCUCACGUACUUUGGAAGCCAAAAGGAGAGGAAGCUGAAGAGACAGGGUUGGACGAAGCCCAAUGCCUUCCAUGUGUGCAUCACAUCGUACAAGCUGGUGCUGCAGGAUCACCAGGCUUUCAGGCGCAAGUCUUGGCGGUACCUGAUCCUCGACGAGGCGCAAAACAUCAAGAACUUCAAGUCCCAGCGCUGGCAGAGCCUGCUGAACUUCAACAGCCACCGACGCCUGCUGCUGACAGGAACUCCUCUCCAGAACAGCUUGAUGGAGCUGUGGUCUCUCAUGCACUUCCUCAUGCCCCACGUCUUCCAGUCCCACCGCGAGUUCAAAGAAUGGUUCUCCAACCCGCUGACGGGAAUGAUCGAGGGCAGCCAGGAGUACAACGAGGGCCUGGUGAAGAGGCUCCACAAGGUCCUGAGGCCGUUCCUGCUCCGGAGGAUCAAAGUGGACGUGGAGAAACAGAUGCCCAAGAAGUACGAGCACGUGGUGCGAUGCCGCCUCUCCAAGAGGCAGCGGUUCCUCUACGACGACUUCAUGGCUCAGGCGUCGACACGGGAAACGUUGGCCAGCGGUCACUUCAUGUCAGUGAUAAACAUCCUCAUGCAGCUCCGCAAAGUGUGCAACCACCCCAACCUGUUCGACCCCAGACCCAUCCAGUCUCCCUUCAUCACGAAGCCCAUCGUUUUCCACACAGCCUCCCUGGUGCAGGACGCCCUGGAGGUCUCUCCUCUUAAGCGCUGCGAUCUCUCGAUGUUCGACCUCGUCGGUUUGGAAAGCCGCGUGUCUCGGUACCAAGCGGAUGUGUUCAUGCCGCGCCACAAGGUCGGCCGACCUCUAAUCCAGGAGAUCAUGGAUUCCCCCGAACCCCCUCCAAGACCCAGACCGGUCCGCAUGAAGGUCAACAGGAUGUUCCAGCCGCCUCCUAAAGGUGAUAACCGACCGGUCCUGCUGAUGAACAAACCGACCAUGUCAGUGCCGCCUGCAGCACAAACUCCAAAACCUCCACCUGCUCCUGAAGCCAGCUCCACACCUGCACCGGCUCCUGUUGUUCAACAAGUGGUGUGUUCAGUGUCUACAGCGCCCCCUCCUCGCCCGUCCAUGCAUCUGACUGCUCAGACCGCGGUGAGAUCCAGCACUCCAAAACCAGUUCUGACCGUACGAGCUCCGACUGCUGGCUGCACGGCUAACAUCCCUGCUCACCCCAGUCCCAACCCCGGAAACAUCCUGCCCCAGAGGGUCCUGCUCAGCCCGGACAUGCAGGCCAGGCUGCCAUCUGGUGAGGUCGUGAGUAUAGCUCAGCUCGCCUCGCUGGCAGGGCGCCCCGUGUCCUCGUGUCAGGGCAGUAAACCCGUCACCUUCCAGCUUCAGGGAAACAAGCUGACUCUGUCCGGAGCUCAGAUCCAUCAAGUCCCAGCAGCUCCUGCACGCCCCGUUCAAGCAGGUAAUGUGAUGCACCUAGUGUCCAGCGGGGUGCAGCACCACCUCAUUAGCCAGCCCGCCCAGGUCGCUGUACAGAGUAACUCCAACACACUUCCUGCCUCCACCGCCAUAACUGCGAGCCGGAUGCCUCACAAUGCAAUCGCUCAAGUCCCCCCCUCCAUGUUGGGCACCCCCGGCGUCGUGAAGAUCGUUGUGCGUCAGUCAACAGGCAAGGAGGGCGGGCCUGUGCCCACUCUAGCAGUCGCCCCUUCCCCUCGUGUUGCUCCCCCUUACCCUCACCCUCAAACCAUCACAAGCCCUCCUCUCAGAAACACUGCUCCACUGCAGAUAGCUCAGCGCACCCCUGGUCCCGCCACCGCCCACUACACCAUAGCUCCUCCAGGACUCCCUAGCUCCACCCCCAACCAGCCCCACCCCCCUCGUCCUGUCCUCAAAGUAGUGCAGCCUCCUCCGUCGAGCACAGAGCAGCCAGCUCCGACUCCAGUGGCCGCCUCGUCUUCUGCCUCUAAGUCUUCAGCAGCACCGCGUGAGAACAGCAGCAGCAGUCAAACACCAGUUAGCACCAAGUCAAGGCCCAGCACAGCAAAAUCCUUCCCACCACCCAGGAGAGUGCCUCGUCCACCUCCUCGCUCUCCUUUCCACGUGUCAUGGCUGGCAGAGAGUCAGAAGAAACAGCGCGACGGCAAACUGGAUUUCAUCAACGCCGUCAACGAGCUCCGCUGUGGGAUGAAGCCCGUGUAUGGCCGGGAGGUUUUGGACUUCCUGACUUUUCUGCCCGGUGGCCGCCCCUCGCCGGCCGCCUCGAGCUCUCAGGGGGAUUGGGGCCGCUCGGGACACAGCAGCUGUCUGUUUGCUCAGUGGCAGAACAAAUCCGACUUCUGGUUUCAGAGUCACGCCGUGAGAGAGGCGAUCAACAGCAUCGAGGAGAGGCUGGAGAUGCUCCAGGACAUCACGGACAGGUUUACAUUUGCAAUCCCCCCGGUGGAGGCUCCGCCGAUCUCCAUGCACAGCUGCCAUCCUCCGCCCUCUCUGAGCCACCAGCAGGCUGUCUUCUCCUCCGCCCUGUCGAGUCAAGUCGCCCCGCUGACUCGCAGCCUCCAUCGUAUCCAGUGUUACAUGAGGACCCUGUUCCCUGACCUGAGGCUCAUUCAGUAUGACUGUGGUAAGCUGCAGACUCUCCACACUCUGCUGCGAAAGCUGAAGACGGGAGGCCACAGAGUGCUGAUCUUCACUCAGAUGACGCGCAUGUUGGACGUGUUGGAGCAGUUCCUCAACUACCACGGACACAUCUACCUGCGUCUGGACGGCAGCACCCGAGUGGAGAUGAGACAGUCCCUCAUGGAGCGCUUCAACGCAGAUCGCCGUAUUUUCUGCUUCAUUUUGUCGACUCGAAGCGGAGGCGUAGGGGUGAACCUGACCGGUGCUGACACAGUCGUGUUCUACGACAGCGACUGGAACCCCACCAUGGACGCCCAGGCACAGGACCGCUGCCACCGAAUCGGCCAGACCAGAGACGUCCACAUCUACAGGUUGAUCAGUGAGCGCACGGUGGAGGAGAACAUUUUAAAGAAAGCCAAUCAGAAGAGGAUGCUGGGAGAUAUGGCGAUCGAAGGAGGAAACUUCACCACCGCUUUCUUCAAAGAGCAAACCAUCCGGGAGCUGUUUGAUGUGAAUGACGGCGAGAAGAGAGAGGUGGCAGUGGAGCUCUCGGUGCCCCAGGCUGAGGAGGAGGAAGCUGUCAACAAGCAGAGCACCACCAUCCUGGAGCAGGCUCUGUGUCGUGCUGAGGAUGAGGAGGACAUAGUGGCCGCCUCUCAGGCCAAAGCGGAGCAGGUGGCAGAGCUGGCCGAGUUCAACGAGAACAUACCGCUGGAUGACGGAGGGGAGCAAGAGGAAGUAGAGGAGCUCUCCAAGGCCGAGCAAGAAAUAGCAGCUCUGGUGGAGCAGCUCACUCCCAUUGAGCGCUAUGCCAUGAACUUCCUAGAGGCCUCAUUGGAGGAUGUAUGCAAAGAGGAGCUGAAGCAGGCUGAGGAGCAAGUGGAGGCUGCCCGGAAAGGUCUGGACCAAGCCAAGGAGGAGGGGCUAAAGCUCCACGCUUCAUCCGAUGAAGACGAAGAUGACCUUUUGUCACCACCAGCAUCUGUGGAGCCCGCUCAGCCAACUCCGGCCCGCAGAGGCCGUAAACCCAAGGACAAGGACAAGGUUGUCGCCUCAACAAGGACUAGCGGUCGGCUGCGUGGGGCCUCACCCGAAGCUGAGCCCGAGCCCACGACCCCCAGAGAAGUGCCUGAAAGACUACGUGCUGGUCUGAGAGGACGAGGAGCUGCCAAAGACGCCGGUCCCGUGUCUUCUACCCCGUCGCGCUCAGACCAUCACAAAACUUCAUCUUCAACCAGACUUCAGGAUUCCUCCAAAUCAUCAAAAGCUUCAUCUCCUGCCAGAGAUCACCAGAUCACAAAAACUAGGAGUCUACCAAACCGCUCCCAUCCCAGUCCAGUGCCUUCCCCUCCUACAACCUCCUCCCACGGAGGGAAACAACAGUGUGUUGGGGAGACUGACAGUAAGAACUCUAAAGCAGGCAGAGAUGAGAAAGAGGGAGAGAGUGAGAGACGGGUGUCUGAAUCUUCGCUUGAGUCGAGCUGCCCCGUGGACCAUCAAACAAAAGACGACGACGGCAAAGACCACAGUGCCAUGUCUCCUCCCUCCACGAGCUCCAGGUCUCCUCGCAAGCGUCAAUCAGCGGACGGAGAAGUCCUCCGGGGUCUCGUCGAAGACUCCCCAUCGGCCAAAGUCCUCCGCAAGCUUCCGGGGAGGCUGGUCACAGUGGUGGAGGACAAAGAGCCAAGAAGGAGGAGGCGGAGAGCAAGUGGAACUGGAGGCGGAGCUUCUUCAGAGGAGGCGGCUGUGGAGGAAAACGUUACCGCAACUGCUGACGAACCAAACAAAGACGAGACCUCCCUGAGCUCUGACGGCAAAACUAAAGGAACAGUCAAUAAUUCUCCUCAGGACCAAGACUCUACUCCGAGUCCUGUGCAGCUGCAGCCUGUCAGAGCUUAUCCUCCGUAUUCUCCACCCUAUCUUUCUCCCGACAUGCCUGUGCUGAGGAAUCUUCCAGUGAGGCGCCGGCUGGAAACUGAAUCUCGCAUGGCUGCUCAACUGGGAGAGCAGAUGCAUCAACAGGGCAGAGGACGGGGAGGGAACCAGUCCAGAAAAACAGACGUACCGCCAGGAAAAGACACUUCAACGGACUCUAGUUUGAAUUCCUCUGUGACGCCUUUGAAAAGAAAAAGGGGCCGGCCACCUAAGACUCCCCCUCAGUUAUCUGAGUCCGACGACCCCGUGACUCCUUCCCAGCUGCCCCCCACACCAACUGAUGGAGGGAGACCCCCUCCGUCCCCAAAACGCAAGAGGGGUCGCCCUUGCAAAGACUCAACACACAUACCACAAAGUGUUAGAGAAGAACGUAUCUCUACAAAUGAGACCGCCACUACUGGGGUGCCAGAUUCAUCAAACACUGGUGCUAGGACGGAACCAACAGACGCGACACUGCAGAAGUCUGAGACCUCUAAAGCUGCUUCUGCUGUCACUACAAGUCAGACCCAGUCUACCAAAGCUGAUGACACUAAGACUGAGGUUUCAGUCGUUACUCCAUGUCAAGCUCAAGCUUCCACAACAACAGAUCAGGCUUCAACACCAGUUUCAGUCCCAGCACCCACUGCCCCUUCACCAGCACCCCUUACUGCCCCUGCUCCCACAUCAGACUCAGCCCAAGUCCUUAAUUCAGUUCCAGCUUCAAAACCAAGUCCAGACACAGAAUCAACGCAGGCUUCUUCUUCUUCAUCCUCGGCAAAACUUUCCACAUCUUCCACUGAGCCGGUCGGUGCAGCAACCACGACUCCAUCGCCACCUGCGACCCUUGUCACAUCAACUCUUACAGAUGUGAAACCAACACUAGUGGAUUCCGCUGCUUCUAAAGCUCCUCCCACAGAGCCAACAUCUUCGGCUUCUCCAAAUGUGAAACCGGCAGAGCCAGACUCUGCCAAAAGUUCCACAGCUGACACGGCGGUUGCUACCAUUAUUCCUUCUCCUUCCCCUGUGACAUCUCCCACGAUGGUUGCUAAAGCAGUUCCUACAUCAGUCACUGCCUCAACUCUCAUUGAUGUUGCACCAUUAAAAUCAGUUCCGUCAGAAACUGCUGCUGCGAAAGACUUGCCACAAGUUCUUUCCACCCCUCCUGCUGAAACCUCCAAUCAAAUUGCAACCAAGAGUAUUUCGUCUACAGCUUCACCAAAACCAACCUCGACAUCCUCCCCCAUUACAGCCACGACUGUGACAACAGUGAAAACUGCCCAAGCUAGUUCUUCAAGCUCAACAAGUCCAAGUACAGUUCCCACUACAAGUCCAACCAUGCUUGCCAAGGCUUCUUUAGUGCCUCCAGUUACAACCGUGUCAUCGUCUUCUGCGAGUACAGUUCCAGCCUCUGUAGCCCAAGCAAAGACGACCAAUGUGACGACUCCUAAAGUUCUUUCCAAACCAGUCCCAAAUCCACCAACCACACAAGUGCAAGUGGCCGCACAGGCACAGGUAACAACUGGAACAUCCUCAGCAACUGCCCCAAUCUGCAAUCCAUCCCCAACAUCUACCAGUGUUACUUCCACAGCAAAGGCAGGGACAGUAACGGCAUCGCCCCCAAUAAAGACGGUCCAGGUAUCGACCCUGACAGCAGCAGCCGCUUCUAAAGAAUCCACGACUUCAGCUGCCCCUGCUACAACUGCAGAGAAGACUGCCAAGAUCCCACCCCCUGUAACAUCUUCCAUGGGUGCUACACCAACUCCAUCAACUGUCACCACAUCAUCCCAAGAAAAGUCAAAUAAAGUCACAAACAUUGUCCCCGCUACCCAAGAGUCCACCACCACACCAGCUCCUCUGUCAGUAGCAGCAGUCACCGCUGUCGUAAACAAAACAGAUCCUCCUGUGUCCAACUUAAAUACAACUCCCCUGCAAAUACCAAUCCCUGAUUCGAAGGAAGUUUCCCAAGAGAUCUCUACAUCAGUCCAGAAAGAGAUCCCAACCAAGGCAGAAACAUCUGCAUCAAAAAAUCAUUCCUCUGAGCCGAUGCAAGAAAUGUCUGAGGCUAAAAGUGACUCGGACAAGGUGACGGGAACGGGACUCGACCCUGUGGAGGUGAAAGCAGCGACUUGCGAGGAGGAGGAUGACGGAAAGCAGGACACCUGUAAGUCUCGGUCUAAAAGGAGAAAGGUAGAGGGUUCUUCUGAGACCAAAGACUCUGAGUCAGGAAGAGAGGGUGCGGGCAGGAAAGAAGCCGAGUCCGCAACUGCCGGUCAGAAAGAAGAACCCAAGCGAGAGGCCGUGAAACAAACCGCUGAAGAUCAGAAAACUCCAAUCCAGAAGAGGCCUCUCAGUCGGCAGAGUAGCCAGGAGUCCGCUUGCUCCUCUUCCCCAUCCUCUGGCUGCUCUACAUCGACCCUCACUCGUCAGGCUCACCACAAGAGAACUUAUGAAAACAGACAUCCGACCAAGAAGAGGCGAGUCGACGUCACAUCGGAACCGGGCAAGGAGGAGCAAACGGACGAGAAGAAUGAGGAAGGCGGCGAGAAGGAGAUUACUUCUGCCGCCUCUCGGAGAAGACGGUCCAGGUCGCCGUCCUCCUCUUCGGAUUCCGACAACGGCGAGGGCAGGAAGGAGCACAGGUUGACUCGCUCGGGCAAGCGCAGGCUCCAAGAUCAGGAGGGGGAGAAGAGCGCCAACCGGCAAGGGAAGAAACCGGCAAACAGCUCUGAGAGAAACGCGUCAAACAACGCCAACGUGUCCACUGGUGGAGAGUCGGGGAGUGAUACGUCCUCAGUGAGGAUCACCAGGAAGUCUGCAGGAUCUCAGCCUUCGCAAGAGAGUAAAGCCCAGACCAACAGCGCGCCGUUGUUGCCACCUGAGCCUGAAGUUCUCGGUAAGAGGUGUUCGGCACUCAACGCUGCAGCCAAGCUCCUCGCUAUGAAAGGCAGGGUGGACACCCCAGGACACACCCCUCGGAAAGACUUGGGAUCUAAAGCAGCGGGGACUUCUCCCGCCCCUUCUUCUGACAAGAACCAAAAGCCUAAAAGCAAAAGCGUACCAGCCUCUCCUCAGAGUAAUUCUGUAAUUAAUAAUAAAAGCAGUGGCAGCAAAGCCUCGACACCAAAUCAGACGAGCCGCCCCGCUUCCAGAUCCACCAGACGGUGCCCUGGCUCUCUGGUUCCCCCCUUGGAAAUGGAGUACAAAAGGUCUAAGGCGGAGGAGAAGGAGGGAGGGGGUAGGAAAUCUUCGGGGGGUAAGGAAGGCGAUGCAGAGGCGCAGUCUUCAUCCCGGGGCCACAGCGCCUGCAGCAGCAUGAGCAGCGACGGCGAGGGCGACGGGCGGAGCAGCAGGAGCCGCAGCAGCAGCAACAGCAGCCAGCGGACCCACAGCAUCAGCUCGCAGAACACGGAGCACAGAGAGUCCCGCGCCGCCUCCUCCGGCAGCGAACGCAGCUCCGAGCGGGCCAACAGAGGCAAGCGAGACCAGCACAGGGAGGGUCGGCGCCAAAGCAGGAGGUCUCAGAAGCUCUCGCAGGAGGUGACCAGCAGUUCGGGGACGGAGGGGACGCCGGACAGGGUGCUGCGGAGCGUCGCGGCGCUGGCAGCAGCGCAGGCGCGGUCGCCGGCGUUGAACACCCGCUCGUCCUCUGGUCAACAUCGUCACAACAAGACAUGAUCGAGUGCCAAAGGGAAAACACAGAAGCAAAGGGUGUACGAUAUGAAAGCAUGUCACGACCUCCGAUGGUCGCUGCUUUGUCCGCACUCUGAGAAAACGUUAAGGGAAACUGAGUGCUGCACAAUUCAGGGACCGCCUCUGCCUCUUGGGCCCUCUCCCUUUCCAAUUGGUAGCUGGACCCCCCCCCCCCCCCCCCCCCCACCCCCCCCUCACCGACUCAGCCAUUGUCAGCUGGGGGAAGGCUCAGGGAAUGCCGGACUGAGAGUAAAAAAAAAACGUGGCGGCGUUGUUGUGUGUCCACAAAAAAGAGACCGAGAGAAGACAAAAGAGUGGAAACAUUUGCCACUGGGACUCGAGGGGGACGAAGGUGCAAGAGAAAAAUAAAGAAAAAGUUGUUAGUUCACAUUCUGUACUGUAAUCUUUAAAGACUGGAACGCUCAGAUCUUAUGUGUUAAGAUGGGAUUUUACAGCGCCCUCUUAUUAGGGUUAACGAUGAAAAGUCAUUUGUGUGACAUUGAAACCUUUGGAGUGACCAGUUGUAUUGUAAGUUGGAGGUUUUAGAGAGUUUGGUUUUUGAGAAAUUUCGUCAGCUGUCCUGACUAUUGUUUCUUUGUAGUCAGUUGAUAAGUUAUGCAUAUUUUAUUAUUUCUUCCAGGGUAUUAGGAAGAGAACCGAUCUGUCAAUGUGAUCUUUGCUGCACUAUGCUGGAGCUUGUCUUUGCUUGGGCCCCUUUUUUUCACGUCGGUUUCUGUUCAAUGGAUUCAUUUUUAAAUCCAGCCUUGUAUUUCUCAUUUGCACAUCUGAUAAUGUGGCCCUCGGCUUUUUGAGUACACUGUGGUGUAGUUAACACGUUUGACAUCAACUACAGUUAAUUAAUUGGUUUCCUGGUAUCUCCUGGUGUGUCUCUACUGUUCGGAUAUCUAUUAAUUGAAGCUGCAAAAAUAUCUAUCUGCUCCUCAGAAACAGACCCGAAGCGGAGCAAAAAUCUCAUUUGUUUUCCUAAUCUACCAAAAGGCAGAUGUCGUCAUGGUCCGGUUUGUCAUGUAUUUAUACUUCAAAGGGCAGGUAAAUGUUGAAAUUAAAGAGUGCCUCGUUGGCCAAAUGGGUUAGAACCUCAGAUUGCCUUGUGAAGCGCCUGAAGCAGGGGGUGUUCAGCUUCUCUCUCUCAAAAACAAACAAAAAAAAAAAGCCAAACAAAAGAAAAUAUACUAUAACUAAGAAGACAUCAAAAGUAUCACCCUGUGCGUCAGUGCUACCAAAUUAAUGUUUUAUUUUCACAUGAUUUUUUUUUUUUUUGUCACCAUCACUUCAUCGCUCUCAGUUCAUGUAAAGAAAAUUACUUGGACAAAAUGUGAAUAAAAAUAACUGGUGCAGUUCCAGAUGACUGUAAA